AUGGAUCAGCACGGGGAAAAGGAGGAGACCAACUCCCAAGAAUCGGCUUCGGCGGCGGACCAGCGCGAAGAGACUGCGGCGGCGGAGGGCGAGGACACGUCCGAGGAAUCCAUGGACCAGCGCAAGGAGGACGGGUAUAAAGCCGACGAAUCGACGGGUCUGGUCGAGGACGACGUGGUGGGCUCUGAAGAAGCCUCGGCGCCGCCACCCUUCGCGCACCCGUGGUCGCUGCUCCGCGCCUGCGCCGGCGGCCUGGGCCUGCUCGGCUGCUGCGGCGACCAGAAGCCGCCGCCGUCUGCCGUUGCUGCAACUGAAGCCGCCACGGCUACAGCGGUGGGCAAAUGUUUGGCGGCGGCGAGGUCGUCCCAAGAAGAAGAGGCGGGCGGCGACGCCGGCGAGAAGGCGAAGGCUAACCCGCCGCCGCAGGGUUUCUACAUGCAGGAGGUGAUCACCCGCGUGUGGGCGGUGGCGGUGAGGACGCCGCGGCCACCGGACCACGCGAGAGAAGGGAGCGGUGGCCAUGGAGGCGCACACCACUAG